AUGGUUAGAGAAGAGGAUGGCUUCGUCUGCCGCAAGCUGGACUUGGUCCAGGUGAAGGGCAAGAAAGAGCCGACGAUCAUCUAUGAGGUCAUUGGGCGUCAGCCUCCUCGAAAAGCGGGAGCGAGUAAGCCGACCUCCCCGGUGAAUCUCAUCCCAGCCUCGCCCUCUCUCCUAGACCGUUCUCCUCGACGGAACAGAGGUGAUCGGCGACUGGAGCCCCGGUCGGCGAGCGCAGACCUCUUGGCCUUUCAGCCUGUACCGCCCACGCGCAUCGAGCAGGCUCAGCUUUACGAGCAGGCCUUGCAAGCCUACACGCAGCAGCAGUUUUCCGAGGCGACUCAAUUGGCUGCACAACUUUUGGAGGAUCGUCCAGAAGACGUAGCUGCUCAACGCCUCCUCAAGCGAUCCCACAGCUUGGCUGCGAAGGCUGCUGGUGGGCCAGAAGAUGCAGAGCUUCACCAGGAAUUAGCUGCUUGGUCGGCUGUUGUGAGCAUCACUGAGAAGUGA